AGUUGUUCAGAUCGUUCGAGUUUUUGGCGCGCUCGAGUUGACUAAACAACGGAGCCUGGAUAAUUAUGACGAAGAAGGAAGGAGUGGUGUUCAAGAGCUGAAAGCAGUGGUGGCAGACUAUUAUUUAUACAGUUCAUCUGCAGUUUGAAUUACUACUGCUGAGCUCCACAAAAUUUAAGACUUUGUCUACAGUCUAGAAAAAAUGGCAGAUGACAACUCAAAGGAGGCAGAAGUGGCAUCCCAGGCAUCUACUUUUCAAGAUGAUGACGAUGAGAGUUUCAGUGCUGGGUCAGAUUUUGCAGAUACCGAACCGAUAAAGGGCUGGAGAGCUGAUAAUAAGGGAAAGAAGAAAGAACGAGGGUACAAAUCUUUUGAAGAAUAUGAAGAGAGCACACCAGAGGGUGCAUCUGAGAAGGGUAAAAUUACAAAGCGACCAAGCUUUUUCAAAAUAGGUUUCCAAAAGCCAAAAGUUAAAGAGAAAGAAAAGGAGAAACAGAAAGAGAAGGAAAAACAAAAGGAGAAACAAAAAGCAAAAGAUAAAAAUAAAGAAAAAGAACGCUCAAUGAAGGAACAAGAAAAGCAAAAUAAGGUAUCGGCAAAAUCAAAAGAAAAAGAAAAAGGAAGAUCAAGAAGUAAAAGUAAAGAAAAUAAAGAAAGAGAAAAGCCAAAGAAACACUCAUCAUCAUCAGUAUUGGAAUCAACUGAACUUACUGAGUUGCGACCUGUUUUUGGUGUUCCAUUGAGCCUGGCAGUUGAGCGAUCCAAUCCGCAUGAUGGAAUACAACUACCACUUAUUGUCAGGGAUAGUAUUGACUACAUUGAAGCAAAUGGAAUGUUUGUUGAGGGAAUCUACAGGUUAUCUGGAGUGAAAUCUCGCAUUGAUGCUCUACGGACUGCGUAUGAUACAGCAGGAGAAGAGGUCGAUUUGACGGACCAAGAUCCCCACAUUGUUGCUGGAUUGCUCAAACUUUUCCUGAGGGAACUUCCUGAACCAGUCCUGACUCAAAGGGUUAUGCUGGCCUUAGAAGAAUCCUCAAAAACUCAAGACAACAAGCUUAAAGUUCAAAUGUUUCGUGGUGCUAUCAAUGAACUUCCUACUUGUAAUAAAACUCUUCUGUCUUGGGUCAUAGUUCACAUGGCCCAUGUCAUUAGUAAUGAGAUUGAAACUAAGAUGAAUCUUCAGAAUAUAUCAAUAGUGCUGUGUCCCACUUUGCACAUCAGUCACCGGGUUCUCAAUGUAUUCUUUAGCUUCUGGCGUGAUAUAUUUGGGGAUGUUGUUCUCAAAAGAGUCAAAAGACGAUUACGAUGGCGCGCCUCUCGAACAUCUCUUGAGCUCCCAGACAGUUCAUUCAUAUUGGAAGAAGAACUAAGGAAACAAGAAGCCAUCUUGAAUGAAAUGCAUGAACGUCUGAACAAAGGAACUGCAGAUAAGAACACCGAAGAACAGUUGUGGGAAGUGCAGAGGAUUGUGACGCAGCUAAAAAGAAAGAUUCGGGUUUGUAGGAAAACCUCGGAAACAGCUAUUGCACCUACCUACAAGGAAGAAGAGAAAGAAGCCAUUGAGGAGAAGUCUGAAGAUGAUAAGGCAGAUGAUUCAGUAUUCAUGGAAACGGUUCCAGAAGUUCCUGAAAAGGUAGAGGAAAACACACAUGAAAAGAAUGAAGUCAAAACCAAUGUUGAAGAACCAAUAAAAGAGGAAGUUACAGAGAAACCAGUAUUGACAGAAAAUAACCAGGAUGUAGUGGAGGAAGAAUCAGAUAAGAAAGAUGAACCAAUAGAGGGCACUGUUGAAGAUAAUGUGGCUGUUGGAAAAGUCAUGGCUGUUGGAAAAGGAAAAGAGGUUGUUGAAGAAGAGAUCGAUAUUCAGAAAGAAGAGGAGGAGGAAAUAAUUGUAGGGACUGAGAAAGUUCAAGAACCUGAGAAAGAAGAAAUAGUUAUUAAGGAUGUUGAAAACAAAGUAACUGAUCUAAAGUCGGAUGAACCUGUAAAAGAAACUGAAGAUCACAUCAGAGACAUAGAAGUAAGGCAAGAAUUCAAAAAUGAAAAUGUUGAAGUGAAGGAAAAUAAUGAGGACCAAUCUAAAGAGGAAGAAGAGAUGAUAGAACUGCUACUCAUCACGCAUGCAGAAGCAAUGGCACGGCAACAAGAGCUAAAGAAGAUCCAAUCAGAUCUACAGGAACGGAUCCAGGCAGAAAGAAAUGAUGUUCAACGACUCCGACAGAAGCUUGCUGAGGAGGAACGCAAUGAGUCACUUUAUGUGAGGUCAUCCUCUUUUGAGAGUAGUAACAGUUCCAACUCAUCAAACAGUAGUAGUGAGAGUGAGGAUGAAGAUGAACUGAUGGAGAUAUUGACAAAGCUUAGAAAAGAGAAUGAACAAUUAAAUGAGGAGAAUAACCAGCUCGUGUUGAAUAUACACAGUGAACGUGAACGAUGCGUGGACAUUCGAGUGGAGAUGAGCAUAUUGACCCUGAAGCAAGAUCUGGCAAAGAAGAGGUUGUCUAACGCUCCCGCACCAUUAGAAACUGACCUAUAGGAGUGUGUUUGUUUGCCAUUGCUGGGAAUAAUUGUAAUACAGGGGUUGAUCCAGAGUUUUUUCAAACGGGGGUGGGCACAACAUUGCAGAAUAGAUACCUGUAAGUGAGUAGCGCUUAUUUCAAUAAAUAACAUUGAUAUACAUUAAAAUUUUAAAAUUUAAUGCUCCCUACUGGAUCCGCACCUGUUGUAAUAUAUAAUUUAAUUAGCAGUAUUCCUACUGUGUACCAGUAUUGGUGAGAUUCUGUUUCUUUGCUCUAUGGAUUGAACUGCCAAGAUUAAUAUCAAAGAUACUAGAAACACAAGAUAGAGUUCUCCACACAAAAAAAGUGUUCCACUGAAGUGCAUGGUGGGAAUACAAACAAUGGGAC